AUGGCUAACCUAGACAAUGAGUAAAUCGUCAAACUUGAGGAAGUCUAUGAAGGAGACAAUACAUUUUAUCUCAUACUUGAGUAUUUAAAGGGACCAAGUUUACAUGACUUAUGUAAUAGUAGAAGUACAACAUAACCUUUGACUUGGGAAUAGAUUAAGCAAAUUAUGUGGGUACUUUAAUAUGUUUAAAUUUUAUAGUAAUUACUCAAAGGAGUAGCUCAUAUGCAUAGUUUAAAUAUCAUGCAUCGUGAUCUCAAACCAGAGAAUAUCAUGUUUAAAGAAUGUGGCUCUGUUUAAAAUCUUAGAAUAGUCGAUUUUGGCUUGGCAACAAAUACAAAUGUAGAUAAAUACCCAUUCCCAAAAUGUGGUACUCCUGGUUAUGUUGCUCCAGAAAUUGCUAAUCUUAAAGAUCUCACAUUAAAAUAUGAUAAGAUCUGUGAUAUGUUUAGUAUUGGUUGCAUCUUCUAUAAAUUGUAAGCUAUUGUAUUUAAUAAUUUAGAAUUACUUAGAAAGAUUUAUUUCCAGGAAUAGACUAUUAGGAAAUUCUUAAACAUAACAAAAAAUGUUAUGUUAAUCUUGAUAAUCUAUAAAUGUACAAAGCACCCUCUUCAGCUGUUGAUCUAAUUUCUUAAAUGCUUAAUCCUAAUCCUAGUUUAAGAAUCUCUGCUUAAAAAGCCUUAGAGCACUUAUUUUUUGUUCAAAGUCCAUAAGCUGAUAUUAGAACUAGCUUUUAGACAAAGAAGCGACUAGACCCUUAGAACAAAUUAUGGCAAACUUAACUUUUCAAAAACAGCAAAUCAGAUAAAAUUUAGCUUCCAGAGAUUCCUGUUAAGCUUAGGCAAUAAGUAAGAGAGGAUGAAGUAAUUGAAGAUGAAAAGGUAUGCAUAAAUGUUCCUGUCAUGAAAAGUCCAAGAUUUCAAUAAUAAAUUAAAUAGAAAAAUAUUAAUCUAAUUGAUAGUUAACCUUCAACUCCUAGAACAAAAUAAAUUAAGAAAUAUUCAACUCAAGAUUAUGAUUUAUCAUCUGAUGCAUCAUCUCCUGAUUCUGGUAGAAUGAGACCAACUAUUGUACUUAAAAAUUAAACUCAAAGUUCAGCUAAAGCUCAAACUCCAAGAGCUUAACCAAGCAAAUAAAUAGUUUUUCAAAGACAAAUGUCAAAUCAACCUAUUGAAGAAGUUAAUGAAGAAGAAAUUAAAGCUUGA